AUGAAGGUAAGGAAAAAGGUGGUCUCCUUAUCUGCUGGCAUCAGUUCUAACAAGGGAGCCUUUGGCUGUCACUGGAAUGGGAAGAGAAAAACCUCUGAUUCACGGAAGGCCUUCCUUGAGACUGUGGGCUCUCCAGACAUCACAGGUGUAGCCUUGAAACCGCAGCACAAAGGAAGAAACAAAUGUACUGACUCCAAGGGACCACGUCCUGUGACCCUCUGUACCCCAGGGCCCAGCUUAAAAUGUGGACAGUGCUCAUACGGAACUUUGGAUGCCCAGAAACUCAGAGAGAGUUGUCUCCUUCUCUUCUCUCCCCUUAAUCCCUGCAUCCAGGCCCAGCUUGCCAACGGCAAUCCUGGAGAUUCAGACUUCAAAAAGGCUUUGAUUACAUCAUCCCCGACAUUAAAACAACACACACAGAGCCGGUCCCCGCGGGGGGCCCCGAAAGGAGGGCGGGGGCGGAGUCUGGGCCAGCCUCGCCCCCAAGCCAAUUCCUAUUUUCACCCGGCGCCCGCUUGCGGGCGAGGAAAUGGGGCCCCCAUCCCCGCGCUGCCUCGGGGCCGCACCCCGCAGGGGUGUCCUCCGGUGCAGCCGCGGGACCGCGAGCGCCGACUCCCUGGCAGCCCCGCCGAGCGCCCGGGCUGCCAAGGGACCGCAGCGCAGGGCCCCGCGGCGGGGGCGGCAGGGACGGCGUGCGCUGGGGCGCCGGCGGCCGGGCGUCUCCGCAGCAUCCCCGCGGCCUCCCGCGGCGCAUCCCGCCGCCUGCUUACCUGCGCGGCGCUCAGGCUCCAGAGCCCAUUCACAUGGUCCUCUCCCCGCCCUCCUCCGGCGCGACUGAGGCGGCUCCGGGAGCUCCCCGGCGGGCACGGGAGCCGGUGGGCCUUCCGAGAGCAGCGAGGGGGCGGCGCCGGGGUGUCCCCGGCCCGGCGGCCGGAUCCCUCCCAGGCGCGGGCGGCGGCCGCCGGGCGGUGCGGAGCGGGCGGUGGCUUUGUGUGCGCACGGGCGGUCCUUGGUGCGAGGGGAGAAGCGCGGCGCGCCUGGGCGGGAGAGGACGCGCUGCUCGCAGGGCAACCUUGCUUCUGCUCUGGCCGCUGGCUGGCGGGAGGGUCUCGAAGGCCUUCGGCUCGCGGCGACCCCUCCUCCUCGCCCGCGGCAGCCCCCUCCUCGCCGGCUCCGCUCCUGACAGAUGGCGCAAGUGCAACGACGCGCCGCCGCCACCACCGCGGCUGCUCGCUGCUACUCUCGCUGAUGCUCGGCCCCUCCAGCUCCGGAGGGGAGCGAGGAGGAGGCGGGGCGCGCCCCGAGAGUGGCAGGCCCCGCUGCCCUAUCAAAGAGCCCCUUGGGAGCUGCGGGCCGCAACCAUUGGCGCCUGGGGCGUGGGCGGGACGGCAGUGGGUGGGGCCGCAGAGUGGGUUGAGCGUUACUGUGGCAGCGGGCAUCCCAGGGUGCGUGCGGUGCAGGGUGUGCAAGAGGAUGCGAGGUUGGAGGAGGAGUUCAUGGUUUUCUACCUCGUCUAUCGUCUCUUGUCUUCAGAAAAGAGGAUCUCGGCUUUCUAUUUAACUGGAUACUCAUUAAGUCUCAGCCCGCAGCAGCAGGAUGCCUUCCCCAUCCAAGAAGGAAGGGCUCCAGCCGGGAAAAGGACAGAGAGCUUCGAGAGAAGCCUGGAGGCAGUCGGAGAUGG